GUCACUUCCCUCCACUACACCCCCUCCAAGCUGACCCAAAGUGGUAUCGUCCAUUCACGAAUUCAACAUGGAGACGCUGGUACAGUAAAAACCAGCGUUGUGAAAUGUUGGAUCGAGUCCAGCGGAGGCGAUAAAGUCGUUGACAGAGUGCUGUGGCAGACACGAAUGGAGCCCAGACAAAUCAGCGGGGUGUACAGGGAGAUCAGCGGCCUCCCUGCGCCUGUUUCUGCCCAUGUGAGGGAAGAGCAGCUCCCGGAGCUCCGGGUCUACACUGUGACCGCAGAGUGGAGUCAGAGCGACCCGGUCCGAGGUUCCAGACUUCGCUACUCGCAGCAGUGGACUCUGAUCGCAGACGGCAUUGACCACAAGAGCAUCAGGACUGUCCUCCCACCAGGAUCCUGUGCACCUUUGUCUGGAGAGUUACUGAGUGGACUCUCGCCCAUUCGAGGCCUGAGGGCGGUUGUCAGGGAGAUUGGUGGCCACCAGCUCCUUGAGAUAUGGGACAGCCACGGCCUCAUGAAAUGCCUCGACCUGACUGCCCUCAAUAAACACGGCCGAGUGUAUGACGAUGCUCAGUUUGGCUGUCUGUCAUGGUCAGAGUGUGAGAACAAACUGCUGUAUGUGGCCGAGAAAAGCAAGAACACAUCAACAGAAACACAUGAUGGAGAAUCUGCAAGUGGGAAGGACAGGAGUGCGUACUGUGAGGACUGGGGCGAGGGUCUGACCAACAAGAGCACCCCAGUCAUUUGUGUGGUCAAUCUGCAGAGCGGCACCGUCAGUGUGCUGCAGGGCGUGCAGCCUGACAUCUCACCUGGACAGGCUCUGUGGGCUCCUGGGAGUCAGUCAGUGAUUUUUGUGGGUUGGUCCCACGAACCCUUCAGACUUGGACUAAAGUUCUGCUCCAACCGCAGGUCGGCGUUAUUCAAACUUAACCUGGAUGGCCACUGUGAGAGUCUGUCGGGGGACAACCUGUCGGUGUCCUGUCCGAGGCUGAGUCCAGACGGGUCCACGCUGAUCUACCUGCAGGGCCGAGUGUUUGGCCCUCACAAUCAGUGCCUCAGUCUGCAACAGCUGGACCUGAAGAGCGGGAAGACGUCCACACUGUUGGAUGUUGUCAGCAGACCACAGACUGGUGAGUUUGCAGGUGUUUAUGAAGCCCUGCCGUCCUGCUGCUGGUCUGUAGACAGUCAGAGAGUGGUGUUCAGCAGUGCCUGCAGGAACUGGAAGGAUCUUUUUAUGGUCGACAGAAGAUCAAAGAAAGUCACCUCCCUCUCUGAUAAUCCUCUUCCUGAUCUUCCUCCCCUCCCUCCCCCUCCGCCGCCACCUCCACCUCCUCCACCUUUUCAUCUUCAUCAUCAGGAGCACAAGAGUGAACUGGAAGGUCCCUCUGAUCUUUCCAAAGUUUAUGGCAGCUGGAAGCUGCUGACAGUCCAGAGGGACCUGAUGGUCGUCUGCUGCUCAAGCCCCAAUACACCACCCACUCUGAGGGUGGGCUUCCUUCCCUCAGCAGGUGAGGCUGUGACCUGGCGAACCCUGCAGCAGCCUGUCAUGACCUUUGACUUCCACUGGACAGUUGUAGAUGUAACACCUCCACCUGAGGAGGACAACACACACUACUCUGGUUUACACUUUGGCGCUGUUCUGGUUAAACCGUCUCAUCCCCUCCAUGAGGCCAGGAUACCCCUGGUCGUCUUCAUCCAUGGUGGCCCUCACUCCCAGUUCUCUGCAGAGUGGAACUGCACAACAGCUGGACUGGCUAAACUCGGCUUUGCUGUGCUCAUGGUGAACUACCGGGGAUCCACAGGGUUUGGCCAGGACAGCAUUUUGUCCCUGAUCGGUCAGAUUGGACACCAAGAUGUAAAAGACGUGCAGAGGGCCGUGCUUACUGCGCUGCAGAGCGACCUGACCCUUGACCCCAAACGCUUGGCUGUGAUUGGCGGUUCUCACGGGGGUUUCCUGUCCUGUCAUCUGGUUGGCCAGUACCCAGAGUUCUACAAAGCGUGUGCAGCCAGGAACCCUGUCAUUAAUGCUGCUACUUUAUUGGGAACCAGUGAUAUAGUGGACUGGCGUUACACCAGUGUGGGGUUCGAGUACUCGUACGACCAGAUACCCACUGCUGAAGCCCUGGCUGCUAUGUUAGAGAAGUCACCCAUCACACAUGCUGCUCGGAUCAAGGCUCCAGUGCUGCUGAUGCUGGGAGGCAGAGACAGGCGAGUGUCUCCACACCAAGGUCUGGAGCUCUAUAAAGCUUUGAAGAGCAGAGCUUCACCUGUCAGGCUGUUGUGGUUUGCAGAAGACGGACAUUCACUGUCCAGAGUGGACACACAGGCGGACUGCUUCCUCAACACAGUGCUGUGGCUGCAACAGCAUCUUUGAACACACACACACACACUCUCUCUCUCUCUCUCACUCUGCUGCUGAACAUCCCCAUAAAAAGAAAAAAAUAGUUAACUGUCAGCAGUUGACUCUCUUUUACACUCCUCUGCCUUCUUAACAAAAAAAACACGUUCUGUAUGUUACAGUGUACCUGUUUUUUUUUUUUUUUUUUAAUGUUUCCAAAUCAAAGCAGGUUAUAAAGAAACUCUGACAAACCUGUAUUGAUGUAUAGAUUGUGUCAUGUUUGUUAACUUAUCUAAAA